GGUUUCUCCGGCCUACAGAAAAGCCCGUAGGAGUACAGUGAUUAGAGGAACCUCAGCUGUUUUGCUGAAUGGCCCUCUUUCAUCAGGAUGUGCUGGGACAAGGGCCUUUUUCAGCCAAAAUAUCAGAGGAAGACCAGAGUUCCACAAGAGCCAUUUGCUCUUCGCUAGGACUCCGAGGAGGAGUCGGCUCCCCAGCCCUUGUGGAAGCACUCGGCAGCCUCCCCGCUUUUCCUGAUCUCCGUAGCGAGCAGAUGGCCGGAGCUCCGAGGGCAGUUGUAGGGGGCGUUAGAGAUGUGAGCACUGCAGCCACAAACCUCUUUUAUUUUACUGACUUCUGCAUCUUCCUUCAGCCAACCCACUACUUCUGCUGUCCAGAGGUUUCCAGCUCAAAUUACUUAAGCGAGAGCUUUUUCAUGGUGAAAGGCGCAGCCCUCUUCUUACAACAGGGAAGCAGCCCUCAAGGCCAGCGGAGUCUUCAGCACCCCCACAAGCAUGCAGGUGACCUGCCUCAGCAUCUGCAGGUGAUGAUCAACCUUCUGCGUUGUGAAGACAGAAUCAAGCUGGCCGUGCGCCUGGAGAGCGCCUGGGCGGACCGGGUCCGGUACAUGGUAGUGGUGUACAGCAGCGGGCGCCAGGACACCGAGGAGAAUAUCUUGCUGGGAGUGGACUUUUCCAGUAAGGAAAGUAAAAGCUGCACCAUUGGGAUGGUUCUCCGACUGUGGAGUGACACGAAAAUCCACCUUGAUGGAGAUGGUGGGUUCAGCGUGAGCACAGCAGGAAGGAUGCACAUAUUUAAGCCUGUGUCUGUCCAGGCCAUGUGGUCUGCCCUGCAGGUGCUUCACAAGGCCUGUGAAGUGGCCCGGAGGCACAACUACUUCCCUGGGGGCGUAGCUCUCAUCUGGGCCACCUACUAUGAGAGCUGCAUCAGCUCUGAGCAGAGCUGCAUCAACGAGUGGAACGCCAUGCAGGACCUGGAGUCCACACGGCCUGACUCCCCCGCGCUGUUUGUGGACAAGCCCACUGAAGGGGAAAGGACCGAGCGCCUCAUCAAAGCCAAGCUCCGAAGCAUCAUGAUGAGCCAGGAUCUAGAAAAUGUGACUUCCAAAGAGAUCCGUAAUGAAUUAGAGAAACAGAUGAAUUGUAACUUGAAGGAAUUCAAGGAAUUCAUAGACAACGAGAUGCUACUUAUCUUGGGACAAAUGGACAAGCCCUCCCUUAUCUUCGAUCAUCUUUAUCUCGGCUCUGAAUGGAAUGCAUCCAAUCUGGAGGAACUGCAGGGCUCAGGGGUUGAUUACAUUUUAAAUGUUACCAGAGAAAUAGAUAAUUUUUUUCCUGGCUUAUUUGCAUAUCAUAACAUCCGAGUCUACGACGAAGAGACCACAGACCUCCUUGCCCACUGGAACGAAGCGUAUCAUUUUAUAAACAAAGCGAAGAGGAACCAUUCCAAGUGCCUGGUGCAUUGCAAAAUGGGCGUGAGUCGCUCGGCUUCCACAGUCAUAGCCUAUGCAAUGAAGGAAUUCGGCUGGCCUCUGGAAAAAGCGUAUAACUACGUGAAGCAGAAGCGCAGCAUCACGCGUCCCAACGCAGGCUUUAUGAGGCAGCUGUCUGAGUAUGAAGGCAUCUUGGACGCAAGCAAACAGCGGCACAACAAGCUGUGGCGUCAGCAGACAGACAGCAACCUCCAGCAGCCUGUGGAUGACCCUGCGGGACCCGGCGACUUCUUGCCAGAGACCCCAGAUGGCACCCUGGAAGGCCAGCUGCCCUGCUUGGAUGAUGCCACCCAGCCUGGCUUAGGGCCCCCCCUCCCCUGCUGUUUCCGGAGACUCUCAGACCCGCUUCUGCCUUCCCCUGAGGAUGAAACUGGCAGCUUGGUCCACCUGCAGGAUCCGGAGAGGGAGGCUCUGUUGGAGGAAGCUGCUCUACCUGCAGAGGUUCACAGGCCAGCCAGACAGCCCCAGCAGGGGUCCGGACUCUGUGAGAAGGAUGUGAAGAAGAAACUAGAGUUUGGGAGUCCCAAAGGCCAGAGUGGCUCCUUGCCGCAGGUGGAGGAGAUGGACAGGGAGGAGGGCCUGGGAGCAGGGAGUUGGGGGCGGCUUCCAACCCAACUUGAUCAAAACCUGCUCAACUCGGAGAACCUAAACAACAACAACAGCAAGAGGAGCUGUCCCGACGGCACGGAGCAUGAUGCUAUAUUUGGGAUCCUUAACAAAGUGAAGCCUUCCUAUAAAUCCUGUGCCGACUGCGUGUACCCUACAGCCAGUGGGGCUCCUGAGGCCUCCAGGGAGCGAUGUGAGGUCCUCAGUGCUCCCGCCAUCUGCACCCAGCCAGCCUUCCUGCCCCACAUCACGUCCUCCCCCGUGGCCCACAUGGCCAACAGGUCCCGUGUUCCGGAGAAGCCAGCCUCCGGCCCAACUGAACCUCCCCCGUUCCUACCACCAGCAGGCUCCAGGAGGCCAGACACCAGUGGCCCUGGGGCUGGAGCUGUCCUAGAACCACCAACCAGCCUUUUGGAACCUUCCAGAGAGACCCCAAAAGUCCUGCCAAAGUCCCUCCUUUUGAAGAAUUCUCACUGUGAUAAGAACCCUCCCAGCACAGAAGUGGUAACAAAGGAAGAAUCGCCACCCAAGAAAGAUACAAAGCCAGCCAAGGACCUGAGGCUUCUGUUCAGUAAUGAAUCUGAGAAGCCGACAACCAACAGCUACCUGAUGCAGCACCAGGAGUCCAUCAUUCAGCUGCAGAAGGCGGGCUUGGUCCGCAAGCACACCAAAGAACUGGAGCGGCUGAAGAGCGUGCCUACAGACCCAGCACCUCCCUCCAGGGACGGCCCUGCCAGCAGGCUGGAGGCCAGCAUCCCCGAGGAGAGCCAGGAUCUAGCCGCGCUCCACGAGCUGGGCCCCCUGGUUAUGCCUGGCCAGGCUGGGAGUGAUGAGAAAUCAGAGGCCGCCCCCGCUUCGUUGGAAGGAGGCUCACUGAAGAGCCCCCCUCCUUUCCUCUACCGCCUGGACCACACCAGUAGUUUCUCAAAAGACUUUCUGAAGACCAUCUGCUACACCCCCACCUCCUCUUCCAUGAGCUCCAACCUGACCCGGAGCUCCAGCAGCGAUAGCAUCCACAGCGUCCGUGGGAAGCCUGGGCUGGUGAAGCAGCGGACGCAGGAGAUUGAGACCCGGCUCCGGCUGGCAGGCCUCACUGUCUCUUCUCCACUGAAGCGCUCACACUCCCUUGCCAAGCUCGGGAGUCUCAACUUCUCCACGGAAGACCUGUCCAGUGAGGCUGACCCCUCCACCGGCGCUGACUCCCAGGACGCCACGUUGAGCGAAUCUUCCUUCUUGCAUGAGCCCCAGGCAACCCCGAGGGACCCAGCAGCAACCUCCAAAUCAUCAGGGAAACCCACCCCAGAAAACUUAAAGAGCCCUUCGUGGAUGAGCAAAAGUUGACCCGCCUUUUGCUGCGUCAGGCCGGGCAGAUAUUUUCAUAUGAUCCCUCCCUCACUUUCACUGUGGAUUUUGAUCGACCCCUUACAUCUUGAUUUCCCUUAAACGAUUGAAGUCAUCCUAACUUUUCCCCUACUCUUGCCAUAGAGAGGAGAAGAAACUAACCAACAUGCAGCACAAAAAGGAGAGCUAUCAGUCGUGUGGUCUGGAAGAACCAGGAGCCGCCGGCCAGGAGACACAAAACUCCACUCCCACCGUGUCUUCAAGAAGAACCGUGUUUUAGGAAGAACGUGCACACAUAGGCGCACACGUCCAGACUGUUCCCUUCGCAGCCUGCAAAAGAAGAGUCCUGGUGGUGGCAGCCUCACCGCCGCACACGUUCUAGCUCAUUCUGGACCUCGCAGAAAACUCUCGAUGGCAAUGUUAAGUCCUACCUCUGUUCUCGCUGUGCUUUUUAUUUUUAAAACACAAGAAUGACCAAGACUUGUUCCAGGGAAUAAUGCUCUGUCUGAAAGCGUUUUUCCAAAAAAAACUUUUCAUUUUGUUUUUCGGUUGGGACCCCAGACGUGUCAAGACUUUUAACCUGACAGCCCCAAGCGCUGCUGGGUAAAGUCAUCAGAUGGGUGGCCCCACGCUGUUGAGCUGACUCUGUGCCCAAAGGGCGGUGCAGGCUCUCUGUCCUGGUUGUGUUGUUACGUGUUUGACAAGCACAGGGGUCUGGUGGGGGAAAAUAUAUGGGUUGUACUGAGUUGUCGCUAAUGCUGAAGUUUAAAUCUGGAGGGGAAGGACCCACCCGCAUUGUUGAGCCUCUGCUGCUGAACCACAUGGUUGUGUUUAGGUUUGAAAUUGCUCAAGUGUCUGGCUCAGGUUGUGGUUCUGAGACACAUCGUCCUGCUGGGAGCCCAGAUUGCUCAGGUCCACUAGGGCCCAUCUAGGGAAGGGAAAGGAGAUUUCAGCAGCUUCCCCGAAAGGAACGGGACUGUCGGGACGCUUCCCAGAUGUUUACAGUUGCCCCUUCUUGCAGUGAGAUUACUGCUUCCUGUUUCCCUCCAGCUCUUCCCAGCAGUGGUGAUGGAGUAAAAGAGGGAUCUGUAGUCGCUGCCAGGCUCUGUGGGCGGCCCCUUUAAGACUCAGGUGAGCUCAGCUAGUCCCACUGCGCCAGGCUUGAAUCAAAGGUGUCAGCAAGCUGGAUAUCAAAACAUUUCAAGAGGGCGAGGCAGCUUGUCGAAGGGCAGAAAGGUUGAAUUCAGGGGUCAGCAAGCUGUGGCAUGUGGCCCCGUGAGCUAGGAAUGGUUUUUCCUUUUUCCUUUCUUUGAGACAGGGCCUGGCUCUGUCUCCCAGGCUGGAGUACUGUAGUGCAAUCAUGACUCGCUGCAGCAUCAACCUCCCUGGCUCUAGCAAUGGCUUUUACCUUUUUAAGGAGUUGUAAAAAAAGCAAAGAAUAUGUGACAGAAUUCACGUGGCCCACAAAGCCUGAGAUACUUACGGUCAGGCCCUUUACCUGGUUUGAUUUGCCACACAGGGCUGCCCAUGGCCCUGUAGGAAGAAACUGGGUAAAUUUGAAGCCUUCUGCCUCUCUGACACCUACGGCCAGAUCCUUCCCUCCUCCCGACCACAAGCUUUUCCAGCUCCGCACUAGCCUCACCUGUGCAGGAUGGAGUAGGUGCGUACGUGGGAGAAGGCAGGGGAACACAGUUGUCUGAAACUCUUCCACAAUUCCAUCUUGCCCUCAGCUGGGUCCGCCAGAUUGACUCAGUGAAACCAGAAAGCCUUCAAGGGCCAGCUGAUUCUGAAAGUGGGUGAGUGAGCCAUCAUCUUACAUUGGUCAGAACCGUGCUCCCCAAAACUGUUGUAGAAAGCACCCCAGGCCGGGUCCACGGGAACAAGGCGAGUCCAUAUUUCACCUAGUGGGCAGAAUUUUUGCAAAAAUCCUCUCUCCGGGACUUGGAGUGAUUUUUAAAAAUACAUACAUUACUUUAUAGGAAGCUGUUUUCCCACUAGUGUCAAUUAAAAUCACCUUAAAAGGUGAUUAUCCACUUAUUCCUGAAACCCUGUGGGUUGGUCCCCCUCUCCCUCAGCCAACAAAAGCAUAGCCUCAAAAAAUACCAAGUUCAGUAUGUUUUUGCCAAAUCAAAUUUCAUGUGGUAGAUCAAUUUUUGUGUCAAAAUAACCUUUUAAAUUUAGUGAUGACAGGCUUUUGUUUUUUAACCACGUCUGUGUAUGAGAAUGAUAUAUUUUUGAAAACUUUAAUUUUGAAAGCCAUAAUUUUUCUUAUCUAAAGAGUUGGGGGGUGGGGUGUGGAAUCGGGAGAAUACAAGUUGGUCUUUGGCUUCUGGCAAACUUACCUAUUCAUUUUCUGAAGCACAGCUAGCAUGUCAAUAUCCAGACAAGAGCACUGAUCCCGUCCUCAGAGCAAAGUGAAGCAUUCUUGACUUGAUGCUUAAUACUCUGGCCUGGAGAAAAGGAUAAAGUUUUUUUUUUUGGAACCCAGAUCAGUUGCAUGUAAACAGAUGGCACGUGGCUAUUUAAAAUGCUGUAUGAUGCGGCUGAGUGUGGUGGCUCACGCCUGUAAUCCCAGCACUUUGGGAGGCUGAGGCGGGCAGAUCAUCUGAGGUCAGGAGUUCUAGACCAGCCUGGCCAACAUGGUGAGACCUCGUCUCUACUAAAAAUACAGAACUUAGCUGGGUGUGGUAUCGCGUGCCUGUAAUCCUAGCUACUUAAGAGGCUGAGGCAGGAGAAUUGCUUGAACCUGGGUAGCGAAGGUUGCAAUGAGCCGAGAUCGCGCCACUGAACUCCAGCCUGGGUGCAGUGAAACUGGGAGUGAAACUCCGUCUCAAAAAAAUAAAAUGCUGUAUGAACAAGAUGAGCAUUCCGUCAGGCUUUGGGGCACCUGGGCAAAGACAAAUUCAUACUGUCCGCACUGUAAAAUAUGCCAUAUCUUGGCCCUUGCUUUGUAUGCAACCUUAGCUGAUGGGGGAAAUUCCAAACAUAAGUAUCACAGGAAAGAGGCAGGCGGAGGCGGCAGGGGUCUGUGCUGUGCAAGGCACUGAUUUUUUAUGACUAUCAUUUUCAUUGAAUGCAUUUGUUGAAUUGGGACAAAAGGAACAUUUCUAAAUCAGCUUGAUACUCUGUAUAAACAGCUGAAUCUUAUUUUCUGUCUCACAUUAAUUCAUGUGGCAUGCCAAAAGUUAGACUGAACUUUUCUACAUCUUCACCUUGCAUUGGUACAGGAAGGUCUUCUCUUUAAGUCUUGUUAAGUAUAAGGGGGAUAGUGGUCACGGGAAGAGGAGGACCAGGCUGCUCUCGGAUGGUUAAUUGAUAAUGACGAUUUCCAUUUCUUUUUCUUAUGGCUACUUCCGCGUCUUCUAGCAAGGUCCCUGGUUGCACGUAUUUCCUAAGAACAAAGUUUGUUUCUCUUUACAUUCCCUGCUUGCUUGCUCUCCGCGCAGGGACCCCAGCCAACCUCUGGGCCGUUGAAUAGCUCUCUGCUGGGUGGCAAGCCCUUCUCCUUGGCACCCUGUUGCUUAAGCAUACAGAUUGCUCACCGGGUGCACACAGACAGCUGUACUGUCCAAGCCCAUUCUGCUCCACCCUGCCCUCUUCAGCUAAAGAGCAUUCCGGUAAUCUAAAGCCCUUUCCCCUGGAGAAGUCCAGAGGAUGCAGCAGUAUGGAGCUGAGCUUGAACAGAACAGACCCUCAGCACGGCCCUGGACUAACACACUCUUAUCUCAGGGCAGUCCAUUUUAGAAAGUUGUUGAAUUUCCCCACCACUCUCGUGGGGACCUUGUCUCCCUAGCGGGAACACAUGCGACAUAAUUGAGUCAAGAUCCUAUUAAGUCCCCUCGCCUGAGACAUCUGGAGAGGGAGUUGCCUUUCAUUGGUGGGAAAUUGUUGGUGCCAGAAUACAUUGUGCCCAAAACUCUCCUCAUUGGCUGGCCACCUAGCAGGGCUCCUCUAAACACCAACUCAGCGAGGGGACCCCCUUCACCUCUGGCAAGAGCUGGGUAGAUCAGAAACUUGGUGACACCUGGCUAGCACGGAGCAGGCUCACUCAUCUUGGUGCCACUACCCAGAUUCCUGCAGACACUGCAGGCCAAACGAAGGUCGUUGAAUGACCCCUGUCCCCAGCCACUUGUUUUGUCAUUGUCUGCUCUGCAAUGGAAUGCCUGUGUGUGUGAGUUCACUCUGCAUCUGUAUAUUUGAGUAUAGAAACCAAGUCAAAUGAUCAUGUGCAUCCAGACACAUUACGUCACCUGAGCCACAGAGCAAAUCACCUUAAUGAUCUGGAAUGAAACUGUGACCAGAGCCGCCCUGGGUGGUUCUGGAGAGACUGCAUCUUCUUGUUUGGCCAUAGGUGCUGGGGCCCUGGCUUCAGUCACUGUCUCAGACAGGAGUCCCGACAAGCAGAUCACCAGUCCCCCACUGUCCUUCCUGUCGGCCUUGCUGCAUGAGAAGAUAGCUGCUUCCUCCCUCUUUUCCUACACUGUAAUUAUUGUUUUCCAAUUGAGUGCCUUAAUAAUAGUUUACAAAUACUAUGUAUUUAUGCAAAACUGUUCAACUCUCAUCUGUUGUGAUUGGAUACUUGAUCUUGUCAGUAGUGGUCGGUAUUGGGAUGUGAGCUUGUCCUACUCCAUACGUGUUUAUUCUGCUAUGCAGUUUUACGUUGUGUGUUCCUAUCUAUUCCAAGGAGCCUUGCUAGAAACAACACUGGUAGUUCCUGCAGGCCAGGCAGGCAUUGGCCGACGCUGCGUCCCAUAGGAGCCAAUGAAAGAACGUAGCUUGGUCUGCUAUCCAGCUGUGGGGUAAUGCAGGCCAGGCGGCCUCUGCACCAGAGUCCAGCACCUGCCCAUUCCCCAGUCACACAAUCAUACUUUUCUUUCAUAGACAUUUUAUUACCACCUAGGCCACCCUUGUUUUCCUCUCUGUUAGUGUCCUGAGCUCUUUUGCAACAAAAUGUAGGUACAGACCAAUCCCCGUCCCUCCCCCAAUCAGGAGCUCCACACCAGGAGUUGUUUGGUUUUCCAGAAGCUGCCAGUGGGUUCCCGUGAAUUGCGUUACGAUAUUGAUGAUUAUUUUUAUUAUAUUGUUUUUCUUGUUUUUUUAAUAAUAUAUUUAAAGGCAGUAUCUUUUGUACUGUGAAUUUGCAGUAGAAGAUGCAGAAUGCACUUUUUUUUUUACUUCUGUUGGUGUGUAUUGUAUAUAGUGUGUGUGCUUCUUGUGAUGAAAAUAAACUUUUUCUUUAUAAAUUC